AUGGCCGGCCUGGGGCCGCGACCGGCCAAGAGCUACCGGGUGGUGCUGCUGGGCAGCGUGGCCGUGGGCAAGACGGCGCUGGCCACGCAGUUCGCCUGCGGCCGCUUCCCCGAGCAGUGCGAGCCGUCGGUGGAGGAGCUCUUCAGCAAGGUGAUCGAGGUGAACGCGGCGCCCGCGCUGCUGGAGAUCGUGGACACGGUGGGCGCCGAGCACCUGGUCACCCUCAAGGACCUCUACAUCAAGAACAGCGACGGCUUCGUGGUGCUCUACAGCGUGUGCAGCGAGGCCUCGUUCGAGGCGGUGCGGCCGCUGCGGGAGCGCAUGGGCCGGCUGCGGGGGCCCAGGGCCGUGCCGCUCGUGCUGGUGGGCACCAAGGCCGACCUGGACGCCGAGCGCCAGGUGCUGACGGCGCGGGGCCGCGCCCUGGCCCGCGAGUGGCGCUGCCCGUUCCUGGAGGUCACGGCCAAGAGCAAACUGAUGGUGGACCAGGUGUUCACGCAGGUGGUGCGCGAGAUGGAGGCCCUGGCGCCGCCCGAGGAAGAGGUCCGGGCGCUGCCCACCAAUGCCCAGGAUACGUGGCCGUCGGAAAGAUUCAUCGGCUGAUCCACCACAGGGCGUUUUUCAUGUUCACCGAUCUUUGGGAUUUCCGAAGCUCAGUAUUCCUACUCUGCCUUUUCAAAGAGAGUUAUCCAAACCGUAUACAAGGGGUGACUUUUCCGAACUAACUCAAACCUGCGCUUCAAACUCCGUGGAGCUGCUUAAAUCUGGCGAAAACGUUGCAACUGUUUUCCUCAGACGGUGCUUUAAGAAACCAAAAGUCGAAUAGUUCGCCCAGUAUGGAGAAAGUACUACCCUUUUCUUCAAGUCGAAUUUGUGACAGAGGAUUUUUUUAAAAAUCCCACACCUUCAGAUGUCAUCAUCGGACAAAUCGAGGAACACGAACUAGAGUUUAGCUUUUGAUUCAGUGAGGUUUGCAUGUGUUCCCCUCUCAUUUACAGUCUUGAAUCGCAGCAGUGAUAUUUUCCUCCGUAUCUCUAAAUAUAGUUAUGACAUACAAGGGAUCGGUUUGAAAGGAACAUUGUAACCCUGGGAGGGAAAAACAGCUGUCCUCACACAAAGAGCUCAGCCCUGCCUGCAGUUUUAUAAUCGACACGGAGCGCUUUCUGCAUCUGUAAACUGAAUGAAAGUAAAGUGACUUUAGAAAUGGAUAUAGUUUUUACUAUUUGUCUUGCAAACACUGAAAGCUACAAUUCGGGAGGUUUCCACACACUGUCUCUUUGCUUUUCAGUUAUUUUCCAGGAAACAGGUUAGUAACUGGAGGGAAAAUGGCCCCUCGUGUUCCUGUGUGUUUCUGCAGAAGUGCUCUCAGAGGUCUGGUUUUCCUUGUUGUUUGGCUGCGUAGGACAUUUUGUGUGUGAAUCUCUGCAUAAUGUAACGGGGAGGCGGAUCCCAAAAUAGAAGCAAAACAGGUGGGAAUCUUUCUGUCUAGUCUUCACAUAAAGAUAAAGAGAUUUGCACUGGUUUAAAAAUAUUGUGUUAUAAUUUUUAAAAUGUCUUUAAUAUGUGUUGUUUGUGCUUGCUUCACAAAGUAACAAUUUUACCUUGCCACUGCAACACAUUUUUCAAAUUUGAAAAACAUCC